AUGUUUUCCGCUUCCAGCUUCUACGCCGUUUCAGAUCAAGCAUCAUCGAGUCGAGCGAGAGACGACACGCCGUUUCAAACCCCUGCGGCUGGACGGCAGCAUGCCGGCUCGCGGGCUUCUCUGGUCAUUGGUCCUCGUUCUCCUGCUCCUGCCAGCGCAAGCCCAACACGAGUCUCUCACCCAAUCGCAACUGCUGCAGCAGCGGGAGCAGGAGAUUUUUGGGGCAGGGGGGGCAGGGAAUGCUCAGCGGGCGGAAAUGCGGCGGCGUCUGACAUACAAUCAUUGGAGCAGGAGGCAAAGCAGCUGGCUGCUGACGUGGCACAGCAGAAGGUGGACAGACAAGUGGCUCAGCAGCGCGCACAGCAGCUGCUGCAGCGACUCACAGAGGCCGAGGCGAAGCUGACUGAGGGGGACAAUCAGUUGCUCCUGUUGCUGCUGCUGCCCCUUGCAUGUGCACUGCACUCACGCCUUAUCUGCAAAACCAUGUCUU